GGGAUCUGAAGUUACACGAAAAGUUUUGACAAAACGCAAGGCAAAGCUACAAUAUUUGGAAAUUUGCUAUGAAAGAUCAUAGCAAAUUGACUAAGAAGGUCACUGAACAAGUAAGAAUACUUGCCAAGGAUGAAGACGAGGAACUAACUGAUGUGAUCCCACCUUAUGACCAAGCAAAGACACUUGGUAAAACGAACAUUGAUGUUGAUCACAUUGCUGCUGGGUUACCAUGUGGCAGCGAAGGAUUCCUUUUGAUGUAUGCUCGCUGGAAAAAGCUUGAAAGAGACUUGUACAACGAAAGCAAAUUGCGGUUUGAUACAAAUUCUUGAUGUCUAUAAUUCGUGCUAGUAAGUCAUCUGUUUCAAAUCCAUAUUGGAUCCAAGUAGUA